AGAGGGACCAGCUUUCGUUGCCUUCUUUUGACCUUCGGCCAAAACCUUGAUAGUUGGCAACAACCCAGCACUUCCAAUCAAGCAGCCAGUUGUAAACCAACAAGCACAACAACAAACAACGAAACAGACUUGACCCAAGAUAGGAACGCCACUGCAGAGCAGCCCAAGUAUUUGAAAGCAAAAGAGAAGUGACAAGAUGGCAUCCAUGAUCACAUCGAUUCCGUCCAUGGUGGCCAUGGCAGGGACGUAUUGUUGUACGAACGCCGUGGGGUCCAUUUGCAACAGUUGUUUGGGCACGACGUUGGAGGGAACGACGGGCCGCAAACGAUCGGUCUUGUUGUUGGUCUUUUGUAUUUUGGCCUCGCUCUUUUUCCAGUACAAAUUGGGACCCGCCGUUGUCAGCGAAUCCUCGUGGAUUUGGAAAAUGUACUCGACGAUACCGAGUUUUGGCAGAGUCGUCAACAAGGGAUGGAAGAAUGCCUGUUUGGAAUACGAAGGACAACCCGAAGUCAUGGCACAGUGUGCGGGUGUUGGAGGCGUUUACCGUCCCACCUUUUUGGCAACCUUUUUCUUCUUUUUUCAUGCCGGAGCUACACGAUUGGUACCUGCGUUGCAAAAGGAAGUAUGGCCUGCCAAGUAUACCGUGUACUUUUUUGCACUCCUCUUGUCUGUAUUCUUCCCUACCGAUCCACUCUUUGGAGGCUUCUAUCUCUUUAUUGCCCGUUGUGGAGCCGCGCUCUUUAUCAUUCUCCAACAACUCAUCCUCAUUGAUGUCGCAUACAACUGGAACGAAGAUUGGGUCGAACGCGCCAAUGAAGCCGAUCGACUUGUCUACGGAGACGGCGUUCGAUGGUUGCAGGCCAUUGUCGCAUCCUGUGUUUCCUUUUAUGUCGUAUGCCUCGUCGCCAUUGUCCAUUUAUACAAUGCAUUUGGAGAUUGUGCCUCCAACGUAUGGAUCAUUACACUCACACUGCUGGGGGUGUGUGCCAUGACGGGAAUUCAACUGGCUGGAAGUGAAGGAAGUUUGUUAACGUCCAGUAUCAUGAGUCUCUACGCCGUGUACCUGGCAUUCAUGAUGGUAUCCAAAAAUCCACACGGAGAAUGCAAUCCUCUCCUUGGAGAAAAUAAUUCCUGGGGCAUUACUAUUGGAUUGCUCCUCACGACCGUCUCGUUGGCAUGGACUGGAUGGAGUUGGUCCGCCGAAGACAGAUUGAAUUUGGAAAAUGCACAGUCCGCCAAGGCGGUUGGAUCUCAUAACCCCAAUGUCAAUGCCGCCGAUGGAUCCCUCAAUUUGGAUGUGCCCUUUUUGGAUCCCAACCAAGCGCCCACACAGGGAAUUGUUACCACCACCGCCUCUGGAAGUGACGAUGAAUUGUCGGAAAUUUGGAAGCUAAAUAUUGUCUUGGCAUUGAUUAGUUGUUGGGUUGCCAUGACAUUGACCGGAUGGGGAAUCAUUGACGCGGUCGAUGCAGAAUCCCAUAAUGCUGCCAAUCCAACGGCCAGCAGAGUCAACAUGGCCAUUAUUGGAAUCAGUCAGUGGAUGGCGAUCUGCCUCUACAUUUGGACACUGGUGGCACCCAGACUCUUUCCCGACAGAGACUUUUCGUAGAAAGAAAAAACAACAACAACAAACAAUCCACUUUUUGGUUUCAUUACAGCCAUGUUUGGCGUCAAUCCACAAUCUGUCAAGUUAAUUAAAAAUAAAACACAUGCAUAAUACUAUAAAUAUUGGAGACCCCAACACUGCUCCAGCUCGUGUAUUUGAAAGUCUUCACCGCAAGAAGGAAUGGUAGAUGAUCGCCUUCUACCCUGGUAGCUGGCUAGGUCGCCACACUGCGUUUUCUCGUGGCAUAGGAAUCUCAAGACGAGCACCUGCCUUGAUCAGAAUCAUUUGCUUGAUCUAUGAGUACCGGUACCACCGGAAGAAUGCAACACAACAUCGAAAAACCAAACAUCAUCCAAAAGCCCAAGUGGGCUGCUUCCGGUAGCUGGCUACUCUAGCUAGCUAGGCUGCACCAAUGGGGCUGGCACAGCUGCAGAUCGUUUCGAUUGAAGUUAUGUACUAGUAGCGGUAUACGGUACAGUACAUGCACCUCUGACACCGAGCCCAGCUGACCUGUAAGCUAUUUAACUUAUUAAUUACACUUUCCCCG